AUGUUUUCCGGUGAUCUCGCCUAUGUACGCCCAGCUUCAGCGCACAAGCAGCGAAAUGCCAUGUCUAUCGCUCUUCGUGACAUGAAACCUGCGAGAACACACGAGACUCCUGUUGAGUGCUACACUCCAGACGAGGACACGAGCCACAAAGAAAUCACCGAGCGAAUGCUGCAUCAGAGAAAUGGCUUGACAGAAGGUCAAGAAGCCACGAUGUACACACUGAAAGCUCAGUUGCACGACAACGCCUUGUCCACAGCCUAA